AUGGGUUACACCCCGUCACAGAUAAGGAGUUUUGGUGUAGUGGGUCAUGGGACGGAGGGAAUAGUUGGGUCUGCAAACAUCAACCAGAGGUCAAUGGCCGGCUCUAGGGACUCUGAGAUCGCCAUGGGUGGGUACCAGCCAUACCAUCUGGCAACCAGGCAGCCGGCCCAGGGCCAGAUCCAUGGCUUCCGGAUGGCACUGUGGUACGAGCACCUGGGCAUGCUAGAUGACGUGUUCUGGCGCCCUGAGAGCCUGGAGUGUGUGCAGAAGGUGAACAGGAUGGCAGAGAAGUACUGGGACAUGUACUCCAGCGAUGACCUCCAACAGGACCUCCCCGGCCACCUCCUCAUUAAAGGACCCCAAUUAGCAUUUCGAACCGGAGCCCCUAAUUUCUGGAGACGGUCCUGCAGCUACCCCAUCGACAUCGCCAGAGACGGCGUGGUGAUGGAGCUGCCAGGAAUGAAACACUUCCCUGACACACAAGCCCGCGUCCUCGGCACCAAGUCAGAUUACCUGCCCUCCAUCCUUACCUCUUAG